AUGGAUGCCGUCACACCGAUAAUGGAGCUGAUAAAUCAGAAUGCAUUGCCCAAGCUGCCGGGAAUCAUGUUCGGGACGGAUGAUAUUGCGGUGCAAAUGAGUGUGUUCCUGGCAAUCACCGGCAUGGUCACCUACGCAUCUUUGAUGCUGAUUAACCUAGUCGGUCGCGCCGCCAGGCACAGCUUAAUCCUUGUGCUCGAGCAGGUGUUUUUGGCAUCGUUCGGUCUGUUUCUGACGCUUACGAGCAUCAUAGUGCAAAUGCUGGUCGAAGAUAUGGAUCUGGCAUACCGUGUGCUUUCCAUCUGCAUACUAAUCUCCCACUCCAUCCUGGCCAUACUCUUCCUGGUGACGAAGAUCAAGCAUAUGCAUCGGGUGGCAGACCGUAUGAAUGCCACCUCCAACCAGGUGGAUCGUAUACGAAGCUUCCGUCGCGCUCUGCCCAGAAACAAUGGGGUAAUGGAAGUUAACCGCAGCGACCGAUACACAUAUCGGUUUGUCAAUCCGGGUUCGACCACCGGCAACGAAUUGAUGAUUCCGACGAACUUGAGACUCGCGUCGAGCUUGUUUGAGCCGCGAGUUCCGACCUACUGCGAACCGUACCGUGCGAUCAGAACUCCUGAACCGAUUUCGUCCAACAGCAGCCAGGCAGCUGGAAGACGAACCGAGCUGGUGUCCAACGGCGUCUCGAUCACUGAACUAUCGGAAUCGAUACCGUCUAGCACCCGUCAGGCAUCUGGUGACACAUCUGACCUGUCAGGGUGUACCAACCGCCCAACAACGCUUAGACCGUUCCGCUUACCUCCGUCUACCUUUCACCGGGGAACAGACUCGGUUGAAUCUACUGCCGCACUUCUAGCCGAGGACGAACCGAAACCUCCUCCGCUACCCAAACGUCCGAACUCAUUCAAUAGCGAUGCAGAACCAAAGCCAUCCACCAGUCGUCAAACCAUGCCGUCGCUGCUGUCGGAUGCGGCUUCUAUCGCUGCAGAAGCCUGUGGCAACAGACGUUCGGAACCAAUUCCAAGUACCAGCCGUCCGACAAGCUUGGAACCAUGUGUGUCUUACAAGAGUGGCGAUGACUAUGGUAAGCGCAUACUCCUUCCCGCAACUUCUGCAGAGAUCUAA